UCUGAAAGCCGUCGUUCUGAAAGCCGUCGUUCUGAAAGCCGUCGUUCUGAAAGCCGCCGUUCUGAAAGCCGCCGUUCUGAAAGUCGCCGUUCUGAAAGCCGUCGUUCUGAAAGCCGUCGCGAACACAGUUUAAGCAGCAAUCGUGGUGAGCGUUGUGAAGCUCGUCGUCGUUCCUCUCCCGUUGAUAAAGAUAACAAACGAAAAGCUUCUUCUAAUCGUGAAGAUGAGCUUGUAGAACGUUCCCCAAAGCGACAAGCAUUGCAAAGACCUUCUUCUUCUUCUUCUUCCUCUUCUUCUCCUAGUCCUGCCGCUAGUAUUUCUGCAACUGCACCUGAUGCCAAUUCUCCUGAUCAAUGUAGAAUUUUUACAAUUAUGUUCAAGAAACUAGCCCAUGCUUACAAGAAGCGCGGUGACGCCCAGACCGACCCAAGUAUUGGUGCAUUAGAUCAUUUUCAUGCCCUCUGCAAUUAUAUGCUAAGCUUUUACUUUGCGGACAAGUCCAACUCUGAUGUCCCCAGCAAGCAGUCGAUCGCCGCCUGGAAAAGUUUGUUCCCCUUUGCUGAGGUUCUGUUGCGCAAGUUACAAGAGCGCAAGCUUGAUGUCUUGUGGGGGCUUUGCACCCGUUUGUUGGCGUUGAUCCGGUUUGCUGUCCACGGGAUCAUGGUGGACGCAACCAUCCCACUGGUGAAGAAGAAAGAAGGUAUCCCAGCGGAGAUGGUAGAGAGUCUUGUCCUGGAACAUGCAAAGGCAAAGCGCCUUUUAAAGGAUUCAGAACAACAUGCAUCCUUUGCAUCCUGGGCAAGACUCUUCCCCGGAUCAUUCAAGAGGACGGUGCUUGGCGGUGACUUUUUGGCCGGUGUCGUCCUCGGGGGUGAGGCUGGUGUGUCGGUGGGUCCUGGGUACCCUUUGAGCCCUCUCUCGGAGUUGAACUUGGCUGCUUUGGCAGUCAAGUGCAUACUUGCUGAAUGGGUGUCGUCGAUGGGAGUUGAUUAUGCUCCCAUCACGAGCACCGAUGACUUUAUGUAGAGAGGGC